GCUGUUAUCGCUAUGAUCUUGUGUAGGAAGAGAUCCGUUUCAUGAUCAAUCCUGAAUUAAUUGCUGGCAUGCUUUUCUUGCCUUGCAUGGAUGACAAUGAGGCUAUAGAAAUUUUUGGUGCGGAAAGGUUUUCAAAUUAUACUGGGUACGCCUCUUCUUUCCAUUUUGUGGGCGAGUGUGUGGAUGAAAAACCAGUCGACUCCAUUGGCAGGCGGAAAACAAGGAUUGUUGCAAUUGAUGCAUUGUGCAGCCCAGGAAUGAGACAGUAUAAACCUGAAUGCCUUCUCCGGGAGACGAAUAAGGCAUUCUGUGGAUUUUUUGAUCAAUCAAAGCAGCAUCUGUACCAGGAAACAUUUCAAGUGGAAGCAUUUUGUGGGGAUAAGACUGCUCAAGAAGUUGAAGGCCUCAGUGAUGGGGCUGAGAUUGUCCAGAUGGACAAACCUCUAUGCUCUUCUGAGGGACUAAAUGAGGAAGCAUCUAUGGCUAAAUUGAUCAAUAAAUCUCAUAUUGAGCAGAGUAGACAGGCUAAAGACCCAAAAAAUGAUGUUGGGAUUGUAACAGGAAAUUGGGGCUGCGGUGCUUUCGGGGGAGACCCUGAACUUAAGACUAUAAUUCAGUGGCUUGCUGCUUCACAGGGUGUUGAUUAUACACUGGGCCAGUUUGUGAUGCAGAGCUACGGAUAUACCAGCGCAGGUAGAAGAAUCAGUCCCCUAUUUGAGUCCCAUUGGUUUAAGGCAUUUAGACCUUUCAUUUUAUAUUGUACAUUUGGAGAGGAGGCCUUACGGAAUAUAGAACAGGUGACUCAAUGGAUAGUGUCGCAUGAAUGGACGAUAGGAGAUCUAUGGGACAUGUUAUCACAGUACUCAUCUCAGAGAUUGAAGGGUGAAACUGAUGCUGGUUUCUUCACAUGGCUCCUUCCAUCUUUGACUACAUGUUGCUCUUUUUUUUCUUUUUUUCAUAGAAAAAGUAAAAAAUGUAUUGAAGUAAAGAAGUGAACAUUGUUAUCUGGAUUACAGACGGACAUAAACAAUUUCCUAACCAUAGCAUUGUAAGCUAUAUUGGCCAAAAAAAUCACCAUGUCAUCCUUAGGCCUGAGCGAAAAGGAAAGACUAGGGAGAAUAUUAUAGACAUCUAGUAAGAGGGGAACUACGCUCCAAGGCCAUGAGGUGUUUGUAAGGUCAAAAAAGAGUAUAUGUCUUUAGAAUUGCAUUAAACUUCCUACAUGCUGCUCCUUUAUGUCUGAUGAAAGUUGUAAAUCAGGAUGAUAUUCAGAUUAAUGACAGAAAUAAUGAAUGAACAUUUUCCUAGA